AUGGACGAAAUCCUCGCAGACGACGGCGACGCCAAUUCCGCAGCGGCGUCCGACGAUGAGGAGGCGCUUUCCCUAUCCGACCUUCCAUUAAUCCAUCAAUCAAGGAAACAGAUAGCCGCCGGAUCGGAAGAAAUCGUCGGCGCCGGACAAACCCAAUUGGAGGACUUCGACUUCUGCUCAAAGGAAUCGGAAAUGUGCGCCGCCGACGAAGUCUUCUACCGAGGCCAGAUUCUCCCGUUCCGCCACUCCGGCAAGCGCCCCAAUCUCAGCCGGUCGGAAUCCAUGGACUGCAACUCCUCCGGCGGGAUAGUCACCAGCCGGAGCAGCAGCAUCCGGUCGUCCAGCAGCGGCAGCUCCUCCGCCACACACACCAAACCGCACCUGAAUCCAUUCCACUCGCUCCCGAGCCCGUCGCCGAAGCUUCCCGGCGGCGCGGCGGCCGGAAGAACCAACCGCCGGAGCUGCGCCAAAAAAACUUCCGCCUGGAACAUCUUCCGCCGCGGAUUACUGACGACUCCGCCCAAAAUCGCGUUUCAGGAUCUGAAAACCCGCAGGAAUUUGAAGAGCAACUUCGGCAGCCGGAACAGCAAUAGCAGCAACAGCAGCUCCCUGAGCAGCAACAGCACCGAGAAGAAGACGACGGCGACGAAAGGAAGCCCUAAUUUCCUGGGCGGAUGCAACUGUGCGGUUGAUACAGUUUCUUCUAAUGUCGCGUUUAUGAAGCGCAGCAUGAGCGAAGGCCACCGCGAAAGUCGCGUUUUUCAACUGGAGGAGGAGGCGAAUCUGCUGCUGCAGGCUGCGAAGUCUACGAAAAAGCGUGUUUCUCAUCACCGGACAUUUGAAUGGCUAAAGCAACUCUCCGUUGAAGGGACACCGGACGAACUGUAA